UAAAUGCUAUAAAUUAGGGAAAUUGAUCAUUUAUAUUUGAUAGGCACUGAGAAGCUGGUUAGAAGCUCUGCAUGCAUAGUCUGGGCUCGACAGUGAGUAGGUGCAGUACAGGGUGACUGGGAACCAAACCGGCAUUUUUCCUGGGGUAAUAGCAAAUGUUAGUGUCUAGACAUUUUUUUUUCCCCCUCUAAGGCUGUUCAAAAAAAGGCUGUUCCCUAGAGGAAAGAAGAAGUCUGCUUAGGUAGCAUAUGUCUGGCUUCUGGCAGUUUGGGAACCAGUGGGGAAGGGGGAUAGGCUCUCAUGUUGAGUAUGCAGACAUACGUUCAGUCUCCCUAUUUUCAGUCCUACACAAUAUUCUCAAGUUUGGUGCUUAUCCACAGAAUUGGGCUGGUGAAAGGGGAGUAUAUGCUUUCAGAUGGUUUCUCGGAGGAGAGGAGGAGACUUCAGAGGGUGUGGGGGCGGGUUCCAGUGGCUCUGUAUAUAAAUUUUUAGUCAGUUUUUAAAGGAUUAAAAAGAGCUAAACUGAUCCUCUGUGAUGAAAAGAGGUCACAUGUUGUUUACAAAACUCAUUUCUCAUUUACUUUUUGUGUUUGGGCUUGUUUUCAGGCAAAAGGACGCCUGUGGAAGAUGGAACUUCCUGUCAGUUUUCCAGAGUGUGUUUCCAAGUUCAUCAGUGGAACGUGAUACUGCUGCUCUGUGUUGAAAUGCUUGAAGAACAUCCACUUCUCUGCCCGCGCAUCCAAUUUUACCAAAACCAUGGUCUUCUCGGCAGUGUUGACUCCAUCCUAUACUGGGGCAUCCAACACAACAUUUGUAGUCUAUGAAAAUACCUACAUGAAUUUUACAGUUCCUCCACCAUUCCAGCAUCCCAGCAUCAGUCCGCUGAUUAGAUAUAGUCUUGAAACCAUGGCUCCCACUGGAAUGGGCUCCUGGACAGUGAAUAGCACAGCUGUGCCCUCAACACCAGCAGUUUUCAAGAGCCUAAACUUGCCUCUCCAGAUCUUCUUUUCUGCUAUAAUGAUAUUUAUUCUGUUUGUGUCUUUUCUUGGGAACUUGGUGGUUUGCCUCAUGGUUUACCAAAAAGCUGCCAUGCGAUCUGCAAUUAACAUCCUCCUUGCCAGUCUAGCUUUUGCAGACAUGUUACUUGCAGUGCUGAACAUGCCCUUUGCACUGGUAACUAUUCUCACUACCAGAUGGAUUUUUGGGAAAUUCUUUUGUAGGAUAUCUGCUAUGUUCUUUUGGCUGUUUGUGAUAGAGGGAGUAGCCAUCCUGCUCAUCAUUAGCAUUGAUAGGUUCCUUAUUAUAGUCCAGAGGCAGGAUAAGCUAAAUCCAUAUAGGGCUAAGGUUCUGAUCGCUGUUUCUUGGGCGACUUCCUUCUGUAUAGCUUUCCCUUUGGCUGUAGGAAACCCUGACCUCCAGAUACCUUCCCGAGCCCCCCAGUGUGUGUUUGGGUACACAACCAAUCCUGGAUACCAAGCUUAUGUGAUUUUGAUUGCUCUCAUUUCUUUCUUCCUACCGUUCCUGGUGAUACUGUAUUCAUUCAUGGGCAUCCUCAGCACCCUUCGGCACAAUGCUCUGAGGAUCCAUAGCUACCCGGAAGGCAUAUGCCUCAGCCAGGCCAGCAAACUGGGUCUCAUGAGCCUACAGAGACCCUUCCAGAUGAGCGUUGACAUGGGCUUUAAAACGCGGGCGUUCACCACCAUUCUGAUUCUCUUUGCUGUCUUCAUUGUCUGCUGGGCUCCGUUCACCACGUAUAGCCUGGUGGCAACAUUUAAUAAGCACUUCUACUAUAAGCACAACUUUUUUGAGAUAAGCACCUGGUUACUCUGGCUCUGCUACCUCAAGUCUGCAUUGAACCCACUGAUUUACUACUGGAGGAUUAAGAAAUUCCACGAUGCCUGCCUAGACAUGAUGCCUAAGUCCUUCAAGUUUUUGCCUCGUCUUCCUGGUCACACACGACGACGAAUACGCCCCAGUGCCGUCUAUGUGUGUGGGGAACACAGAACGGUGGUGUGAAUAUUGGAACUGUGGGACAUUUUGGGUGAUGGAUGUUAUUUAUCUGACUCUGAAUUUUAUUUCACAUGAAUUUCUCAUAUACAACUUUUUUUUUUAAUAGGAUUUGUGUGUGUGUGUGUGUGUGUGUGUGUGUGUGUGUGUAUGCAGUGUGAAGAAGAAUGUUAAUUAGCUCUGUUACCAGGGAUUGUUGUUAGUUGCUAUUGAGUUGAUUUCAACUCAUGGCAACUCCAUGUGUUUCAGAGUAGAACUGCUUGUAGGGUUUUCAUGACUGUGACCUUUCGGGAGCAGAUCUCCAGGCCUGUCUUCUGAGGCACCUCUCGGUGGGUUCAAACUGCCAACCUCCCUGCUUGUAGUCCAGCCCUUAACUGUUUCCAUCACCCAGGGACUCCUGUUACCAAGGACACACAAUAGGAAAGGGAUCACAAUGUUACCUCCAGAGUUCAAGAGAAAUUCUUGAUUUAGGGUAAACAGAUGAUUUGUUGUGAUUGAUCUUAUUUUUGUAGUGGGAAUCAGAAUUAUGCUUUACUGAGCCUACAAUUGCUUCAAAUUGUAGGUGUUUUAAAUAUGCUGCUUACAUAUGCUUGGUUAAGUUUAUCAAUCUUUUUUUGUGGAAGACACUGCUGCUUUUUGCCAUUACAUUGGAGCCAAAACCCCCAUACAUCUCAAUAGAUAAAUAUUUAGUUUUAUUAAAAAAAUAACUCAAGGGGGCUAGUGAUAUUUCGAAGGUCAUUAAUAUUUACUUUGGUGCACUUUAAGAAACAACGUACAAAAUAAUUCAGUCAUAUCUUUGAGAAUUGUUUUUAUACAUAACGUGCUUUCGGAAACGUGCACUACCGUUUCUAGGAAGAUAGUUCUUUUUUUUAAUGUUUUAUCUGCAUGUACAGUUUUAAAGGAGAGGACUUAAAAAUGUAGACUUUUUUUAGGUACAGCAGUGACUCUUUAGAGCAAUAGGGCAAAAACCGAGAAGACAAAGCACCCUUGCAAAUCUAAAAGGGGAGUGCAGUAAGGGGGAAGCUGGCGCAGGCUGUCGGGAUUCCUUUCAUUCAAGGAUUCUCAUUGGGUGUAGUGGGGAGAAGGGGAUACCAUUUAUUGGAUACCUAACCAUGUGCCAGGCACUGUGCAUCAUUUUAUCCUCACAGCAUUGUGUGAGGUAGGUAUUAUUAUUAUUAUUUCAGAUGAAGAAAGUAGAUCUCUGGUGAAAAUCUUGCCCAAGGUUAGUGGUGGAGCUGGGAUCCAAAAAUCUGUCAGAUUCCUGAGACUGCUGAUUCCCCUGUACGGCAGAAGAGGGAAUGCUGAGUGUCCCUUAAUUUCUCUAGACUAAAUCUCUCUUUUAAAAAAUUGCUUAAAAAAAUUUUUUUUAAUUACCCAAGGAAAUAUGAAAGCAUCAUAGAAAGGCUGGAAAAAAGAAAAAUAAAAUUAUAGUGGCACCACCCCUUUAAAAAGGAACUUAAAAGGCUUGGAUAAAUAAGGCUUUAAGGUAGCUUUUUGAUUUGCAAAACAGGUUACUGACAAUUAUUGAGAAGUUAGAUACUAUUUGUAGGUCUUGGCUUUGCGGGCUUGCCUGUCUCUAAUUGGCCAGCUGUGCUGUUUCUGAAUGUGCCGGGCAGAGCAGCAUUGUCCCAGUGCUUACCCACAGCAGAGCUGGAGUUUGAGAAUGUGCUCAGAGGUGCGUCUCCUACAAAGAAAAGUUAAGCCAUGGUCCAAAUCUAGAGCAAGCUUUAACAGGGCAGGUUUCAAAUGAUUUUUCUCUUACUGAUGAUCUGCCCCCUAGGUGCAUCCAGGUCCUCUGGUCAGUUUCUCUGUAACUACUGGCAUGCUUUAGCAAACAGCCAACAGGGAUGGGCCUGUGGACUAGGGCCAUAAGGGCUGAAAGCACAGCCUCACGGCUGCAUCAUGGGCUAAUAAGUCGGUAAGUUUACCACGAAAAAUACUUUUGGGUUUAUAGCUUCUUUUCCAAAUUUUAGUAGUUUGUGAGCCAUUGGAAAAAUGAGCUUCCGUUUCUUUAAUAGUAAAAUCAGUGUAGUUGUAUUAGAUGAAUCCGAAGGUCCUGUUCAACUCUAGUGUGCUUUCCCCCAUAUAAGGGUGUGGAUCUUUGAAGAGUCCAGCUGACUUCAGCAUCACUCUUUGGUCUUCAGUAUUACUUUUUUACAUUUUACUUCAUUAGCUAUUUCUCACAAUUGAAUGUCUGAGGAAUGCGUGGCAUGGUGUCAGGAGUUAGGACUUUGGAAAGUUGAUGACAUCAUGAAAGACGAGAAACGCUGCUCUUAAAGGCAGUUGUAACGGUGUUGGAACUCAUUGUCUAGUUAAGAAAUUUUGGGGGACUUGAGCGUAUCAAUCAACAUGUUUUUGAAUCAUCUUCAGAUGAUAGUCACCUACCUCUUUAAUUUCUAAUUUAUAUUAUUCACAGGUAAAAUUGCUGUUGUCCAUAGGGAUCUGAUAGAACUUGAACACUGUAGUAAAUACUAGUAGCAUAUUGAAAUGUAUCACACUUUCCAUUAUCAUUAUAAACUGGGUUUAAAGCAGAUACUAAUACAUACAUAUGAAAUUUAGACUUUCUGUCAGAAAAGUCAGCAUGAUCUGUAUUCAUCUUACAUAUUGGCAGUGGGUCUUGGGACUCCUCCUGUGGCUGGAAUUGAAAUCGAGCUUUGCUUUGUUCUUUUUUAUGAGCAAUCUUCAGACACUUUUGUGCUGCUGAGUAGGCAGCGCAUCUUUUGGUGAGUACUCUGGACUGCCUGCUGAGGUGCUCAGUGUUUGUGAAUGAAGACCAUGAGGGACCUUUGUAAGAAUUCAGCAACAGCACCAAACAGCAGUUCUCUUACACUGGAUAAGCUUGAUCAGAUGACAGUUUACAAAUCAUUUUGAACACUUUUAUUAUAUAUACAUUUUCGAAGGCUUUAAAAAAAAAUACUAUGGUGCACCUUUGACAAGUCUAGGUGCAGAAUUGUUGUAUGUUGCCUAUUCCUCUAUAUUUCCUUGAGGGAAGAAAAAUGCCACUACUAAUAUCACUGUGGGGGCCUGGUGGCACAGUGGUUAAGUUUUUCGCUGCUGACCAAAAGAUUGGCAGUUCAAAUCCACCAGCUACUCCUGGGAAACCCUAUGGGGCAGAUCUACUCUGCUUUAUAGGGUCACUACGAGUCGGAAUCGACUCGACAGCAACGGGUUUGGUUUGGUUUUUAAUAUCACUGCUGACUGAUAUAAAUAAGUUUUUUUCCCCCCCUGGCAAAUAAGUAAGAAGCGUGAAAGAGAUAAUGAAAUAUUUGUGGUCAAAAGAAAGAAUCAGGAGAAAUCCCAAAUAGUCUGAAAAAGUGAUCUUCAAACUUUAUGUAAGUAUCCCCAGGGGAGCUUAUUAACCAUGCAAAUUCCUGGCCCACAGAGAGUCUAGAUUUGGGCCCAGGAAUACACAUUUUUACUUUAUUAAGCACUCUGCGUGAUUCUGAUUCAGGUGGUCCCUCUGGCAUACUUCAGGAAACAUAUCUGUAGAAAAUAUGUCUAUUAAGAUAUCUGUUUUAUCUUAAAAUGUUUGUUUUGUGCUGGAAAGCACCAUCUAGUGCAUGGUUAGCCCACACUGAGAGGGGUAUCUGCUUAUCCCUGUGCCUGCUUUGCUGCCAAGUGUUGUUUGUGCUGAAUCCCACCAGUGUUCCCUUUACCUUCUUUCAUUUGGCAAAUUCUGAUAAACCAUCUAAUUUCACAAUAGAGCAAAAAGUGACUUAAAAUUUGAGUCAUGACUUUCAGGAGUCUUAAUUACUCUAAUAUUUUCUUUUCACUGACAGAGAGAGUGUCUUUGUUGUAUGCAACUUCCUGAAAAGAGUGUGAGGGGAAUGUAGAAGAUUCAUCUAAAUGUAUUGUUCUGCUUAUGCUAGUCAUGUUCAAUGGAAGCAUGAAAUAAAAUAAAAUAACCUUUUUAGUAUAUGUAUCUCUGUUGCUGACAAUGAUAAUUUUUUCUUGAUCUUCGUGUUUACAUGAAAAUAUGUAUAUAUCAAAGAAAAAAUUUCACGUGCUUGGAUUUUUAGUUUAAGUUUAAAGGACUACUAAAUUCAAUUUUUUUUUCACAACCAUAGUCCUGCUAAACUGCCUUCAUUAAAAACUCAAUUUUUAUAAAAAUACACAAAAAUAUCAAAGCACAUGUUUGUUAUUACAGGUAAAUGGUAAUAAAUUUCUUAGCUAUCAUAUCUAUUGGUACUAGUCCUUUGUAAUUAAAAUUAAUUUUAUUUUAUAAUAGUAGCUGAUCUGUAUGGGGGACAAACCCAUAGAAUUUUGGGUUGUAAUAUUUAAAUCUCAAAAGUAUGAUUAUUUGUACAU